AAGGGUGCAGAAACAAAAGGCUUUGAUGGUGCAUUCCUAAAGGGGACAUGUAAAGGUGAACUGCUUUCCUGCAUUUCCAAGGAUGGAAAUAAUCAAAUGUUCCCUGUGGCUUGGGCAGUAGUUGAAAAGGAAUCAAAGGAUACAUGGUCUUGGUUUAUCAGGUCUCUCAAGCAUGAUCUAAACUUGACAGAAACUGAAGGAGAAGGGUUGACAGUCAUGUCUGAUAUGCAGAAGGGUCUUCAUCUAGCAAUAACUCAGUUAUUGCCAAAUGCUGAAAUGAGAUGGUGUGCUAGACAUAUCUGGGCUAAUUGGAAGCAAACUUGGCCUGGUGAGGAAAGAAGGAAAAAAUUCUGGCAGUGUGCAAGAGCUACAUUUGAGGUUUACUUUAGCAAGAAGUUGGAUGAAAUGGACCAGCUGGGGGGAAAUAUUGUUCAGGACUUACUGAAAUACAACAAGGAAACAUGGUGUAGGGCAUAUUUCAAAGACCAUAGUAAGUGUGAUGUAGUUGAGAACAACAUGUGUGAGACGUUCAAUAGUUGGAUAUUGGCAGCUAGGCACAAGUCUAUCAUUACUAUGUUAGAGGAAAUUAGAAUCAAGUGUAUGGAGAGGAUGAAUAGCAUGAGAGAGUUUUCUGAAAAAUGGGUAGGUGAGAUAUCACCCAUGGCUAUGGAAAUACUUGGAGAGAAUGCUCAAAGGGCAGCCAAAUGUGAAGUCAAAUUUAAUGGUGAAACAGGGUAUGAGAUCCAGGAUGGGCCAUAUAAACAUGUUGUUGACUUUAGGGCAUAUACCUGUACUUGUAGAUCAUGGCAACUCAAAGGAAUUCCAUGUGCACAUGCAAUUACAGCAAUGCAUUACAAGAACUAUGAGGUUGAGCAAUAUGUUGACCAUUGGUAUAGAAAGGAUACCUACCUUAAGGCAUAUAGCAGAUUCAUUCAACCUUUAACUAGUAUGAAUUUGUGGCCAACAAGCACACUGCCAGCUAUUGAGCCACCUGUUAUAACUGCAAUGCCGGGAAGGCCAAAGAAAAAAAGGACAAAGGCUGCUGAUGAACCAAAGAAGAAGUUUGGGAAGGGUACAAGGAUAGGGAGACAAAUGAGAUGUUCUUUGUGCAAGACUGUAGGACAUAACAAGAAAGGAUGCCCAUCAGCAAAAAACCAAAAGGGAAGGGCUGGAACUAGUUCAGGUAGAGGUGAAACUGCUGAAAGUGGAACUGCAGCAGCUGGAAGUGCAUCAACAAUACCUGCAAGUGCAUCAACAACACUAGCAAUCCUUGAUCCAAGCACACAACAAUCAACUAAUGUUGCAAGAGGUCCAAAAAGGAAGACCAAUGAGCCUAGAAGAGGUGGUGCAAAUGCAGGGUCUAAGAGAACAAAGACAGCAGGAUAUGGUGUGCUGUUUGAUUCAAGUGGCACUUCUGGAACUACUGACAGAGUGGUACACAAUCCUUCUACACUCAUAAGUUCUGCUCCUACCAACAUUGAACUUAG